CAUUAAAAUGACUUCUCAUCAGUCAUUCCCUGCAGAUGACUUCAGUGUCUACUAUCUCCUGACAGCUCGCACAGAUACCGCUGCCCUCGCUGAGGGCCGGGAGAGCCAGCCCCACUUGCAGGGCGUGGCGGGCCUGCGGAACGCGGGCGGCUCGUGCUGCGUGAACGCCGUGCUUCAGAGCCUCUGCAGCAGCUCGCCGCUGGUGGAGCACUUCCUCUCGGGAAAGUACCUCACGGCGCUCCAGAAGGACUGCAGUGAGGUUGCCACCACCUUUGCCUACCUAAUGACAGACAUGUGGCUUGGGGACUCAGACUGUGUGUCGCCGGAAAUAUUUCGGUCAGCUCUUGUUAACCGCUACCCAGCUUUUAUGAAAAAGACACAACAAGAUGCUCAGGAAUUCUUGAUUUAUGUCCUCAAUGAACUUCAUGAAGCUCUGAAAAAGUACCGCCGAAGAAGAUCUUAUGAGAAACCAUCCACACAAAGAUGCUGCAAGAAAGUGAUAACAAAUGAGACAUCCAUUGUCACCCAGCUGUUUGAAGGGCAGCUCAAUUACAACAUCACAUGUUUAAAGUGUGAGAACUGCAUGUACAAGAAUGAAGUCUUCACUGUUCUCUCCCUCCCCAUUCCAUAUGAAUAUGAAUGCUCCCUGCAGGACUGUCUCCAGUGUUUUUUCCAACAAGACACAUUGACCUGGAAUAACCAAAUUCAUUGUUCCUUUUGUGAAACCAAGCAAGAAGCAGCUAUGAGGGCCAAUAUUUCUAAGGCACCAAAAAUAAUUGUUUUUCACCUAAAAAGGUUUGAUGUUCUGGAUACAAUGAAGAGGAAACUGAGGACAAAUAUCCAUUACCCACUCACUAACUUGGACCUCACUCCUUACAUUUGUCCAGUUUUCCGGAAAUAUCCUAAAUACAACCUCUUUGCAGUGGUGAACCAUUUUGGUGAUCUGGAUGGUGGCCACUACACUGCUUUCUGCAAGAACUCAGUAACCCAGGCCUGGUACAGUUUUGAUGACACCCGAGUCAGUGAGAUUCCAGAUACUUCAGUUCAGAUUGCUACAGCGUAUCUUCUGUUCUACAGCUGUCAGCCCUUUUCUAUACCAAUACAAAAAUGCAAGAGCCAGGAUGAUAGUGCUUCCUAGAACACUGUGAAACAAGCAACGAAAAGCUCAGUGGAUUUUGCUUUAUCAUUAAACCCUUACAACUUACUUGUAUUAUUAACUUUUAAAGUAUCAAAUGUACCCUCUUAUGAGAU